AUGUUCCGCACUUUCCUCAUAACUAGGCGGUGCACCCAGUGGUCGACCACUACCACUGGGGCCGGCAUUGUGUAUGUCAAUGUGAUCAGUACUGAGAAAGUCCAGAGAGAGUCCAGAGUGGGCUCUGCCUUAUAUACCAUCACAUCCCUGUCCACCCAUAUAGUGGUGACUAUAAGCUCACGAGUGAAAUGUGAUAUCCUAUGGGCUAAGAAUUAUGACUUCGGCGCGGAUGAUCUGAAUAAACAACAAUCACUGGACUCGGCAGAGGCUACCGACGCUGGACAGGGAGCUCCCAGGGAAGGCAUCUUAGGUGCUGCUACGGGUGCCGUCGGGAACAUCAGUCAAGUGGCGUCUAAUGCCGUAAAGCAAAGUGGAGAGGCCAUCGUGAACGCGGGGAAAGGGAUCGUAGAGAUGGGAGGUUCGGUGAUAUCGGGUCUGAAACGCGGAUUCAGUAAAAUCAGUGAAUCCGGUGGCGAUCAGUGAAUAGAUUAGACUAGUGUUCAGUACCAACAAAAUUAUAUUUAACAAGGUCCAUUCAGAGAGCAGC